AAGGACUCUCGAAACCGAAAAAGGUAUCGUCCCACACUCUCUACCCCCCGAAAGCUUCCGCCUUUCGCCGCCUCCAACAAUGCAGCAUCAGACCCACCACCACCCCCAGGACUCCUACUCCUCCGACCACCCCCAGCUCCCCACCAUCAAGAUCCACCACCCUUCCUCCCCCCGCCACCACCACUCCUCCGCCACCCCCACCGCCGGCGCCCACCGCAAGAUCGGCGUCGCCGUCGACCUCUCCGACGAGAGCGCCUUCGCCGUCCGCUGGGCCGUCCACCACUACCUCCGCCCCGGCGACGCCGUCAUCCUCCUCCACGUCAGCCCCACCUCCGUCCUCUACGGCGCCGACUGGGGCCCCCUCCCCCACCUCCCCUCCGCCCCCCUCGCCCCCGAUCACCCCCAAAACCCUAAUUCGAGCCCUAACCACCAGAACCGACCGGAGGAGGUCCAGAAAUCCCAGGACGACUUCGACGCCUUCACGAGCGCCAAGGUUGCCGAUCUCGCGAGGCCAUUGAAGGACGCCCAGAUACCGUACAAGAUCCACAUAGUGAAGGACCACGACAUGAAGGAGAGGCUGUGCCUGGAGGUGGAGAGGUUGGGUUUGAGUGCCGUGAUCAUGGGGAGCAGAGGGUUCGGCGCCGCGAGGCGAGGGAGCGACGGGAGGCUCGGCAGCGUGAGUGAUUACUGCGUGCAUCACUGCGUUUGUCCCGUUGUCGUUGUCAGAUAUCCCGAUGAGAAAGACGGUGGAAAUGGGGGCGAUCCCAUCAUCGCGGUGAAUGAGGUCGCCGAGGAGGAGGAUGAGGUAGCCCUGAGUAUGGCCAGAGACGAGCAGAAGCAGAAAGAUGCUUAGUAUCAAUCACGAGUGAGGCUUGAUCGAUAUAGGUGCAGUUUCAUGCAAUGAUACAGGGGUCACAAUCAUCAUGCCUGCAAUUUAGAUUUCACAAGCGGCUAGAAUGUUUCUUUUACCUCUCUCUGAUGGGAUGUGAUAGCUAAAUUAUGAGAGCAUAGCUGAACUGAUGAGGAGUUGAUGAACGAGAUAUGAAUCUUGCUGUGUAAACGGGUGUAGGACUUUGUUUGCUCGCUUCUGGCCUCUGUUGUGUAUGUACUUUGGGAGGUUUGGAUGAAGAACUAGUGUGCGUUUGAGGUUCAAGAUAAUGUUGUGUGGGGGCGUUGGGAUGUUGGACCUAUCUGUGAUACAAACAUCAUAUCGUAUAUUUAUGUUGAGAAUUGUUUUCCCA